GUGCGUGGGCGAUUGUGUGCAUGUGAAUUAGAAAUAAUACAUUUUUCGUAGGCAUAUUGUAGACGUUUUGUUAGUUAGAACUAAAGUUUAAGCAAAUUAGUGCAAGUCUUUAGCUGCCACGAGCGAAACACCUACAUACAUAUGUAGAAACCGUAAAAAACGCCCACAAACCGCGUCCGUGGCACAUUUCAUUCAUCGAUUGGGCCGAAAUUCGAUUCGAAGUGAUACAUUUCGCAGUAUUGUUUGCAAGUGCUCGCGAAGAGGACGUGCUUUUUUAGUGGGUCAUAGUCAUAGUUUAAUUCCAAUCCGGAAAUGAGCGAAGUGCCGGAGAGCAGUAAAAAGCGUCAGAAGACGUGCCUACAGGUGGCGACGAAUGUGACCGAGCAAAAGCACCAUGUCACCAGGGAGACGCGCGGCAAGAAUCUGGGGCUGUGCCGGGGCUUCCGAGGAUGCACUGUGUGGCUGACUGGCCUCAGUGGUGCUGGAAAGACCUCGAUCGCCUUCGAGCUGGAGGCGUACCUGGUGUCGCGAGGUAUUCCGGCUUACGGACUGGACGGCGACAACAUCCGCACCGGACUAAACAAGAACCUUGGCUUCACGCCCGCCGAUCGUGAGGAGAACAUCCGCCGCGUGGGCGAGGUGGCCAAGCUGUUCUCUGACAGCGGGGUGGUGGCCAUCUGUAGCUUUGUGUCCCCCUUUGCCGACGAUCGUGAAAUGGCGCGCAAGAUCCACAAGGACGCGGGCCUGAAGUUCUACGAAAUAUUCGUGGACACUCCGCUAGACGUGUGCGAAACGCGGGACGUGAAGGGACUUUACAAGAAGGCUCGCGAGGGCGUUAUUAAGGGCUUUACGGGUAUUACGCAGGAGUACGAGCGGCCGCAGAAGCCGGAAUUGGUGGUCAACACCCACGGCUACACUGUCCAGGAGUCGACGCAAAAGCUGGUUUCACUGCUCGAACAGGAGGGCAUCAUUCCGCGCUCACUGCGCGACGUGGAUCAACUGCCGGAACUGUACCCCAGCGAAUCCAUUGCCACGGAGGCACUGCGUCACGAGGCCAACUCGCUCCAGGCCAUCGAGAUCAGCACCGUGGAGCUGCAGUGGGUGCAGGUACUGGCCGAAGGAUGGGCUUAUCCACUCCGAGGAUUCAUGCGCGAGGACGAGUACCUGCAGACGCUGCACUUCAACACACUCCAGAGCGGCUUGGAUGGUUCCUAUCGCGAGAACCACUCGGUGCCCAUCGUUUUGAGUGCCAGCCAGGCGGACAAGGAUCGUCUGGAUGGCUCCUCAUCGCUGACGCUAAAAUACAACGGCAAACCGGUGGCUAUUCUGCGCCGUCCAGAGUUCUACUACCAGCGCAAGGAGGAGCGGCUGGCCCGUCAGUUCGGCACCAGCAAUCCCAAUCAUCCAUACAGCAAGCAGGUCCUCGAGUCCGGAGAUUAUCUGGUCGGCGGCGAUCUGGCUGUGAUCGAACGGAUUCGCUGGGAGGACGGUCUGGAUCAGUAUAGGCUGACUCCCAACGAGCUGAGGCGUCGUUUCAAGGAGAUUAACGCCGACGCCAUCUUCGCCUUUCAGCUACGCAAUCCCAUACACAAUGGGCAUGCACUCCUCAUGCAGGACACUCGCCGCCAGUUGCUGGAUCGCGGCUUCAAGCAGCCGGUUCUGCUGCUCCACCCCCUGGGUGGCUGGACCAAAGACGACGACGUGCCCCUAGACGUGCGCAUGAAGCAGCACCAGGCCGUCCUCGAUGCCGGUGUUCUCCGCCGCGAAGACACUGUGCUGGCCAUUUUCCCCUCGCCAAUGAUGUACGCCGGUCCCACGGAGGUGCAGUGGCACGCCAAGGCUCGCAUGAACGCCGGCGCAAACUUCUAUAUCGUGGGCCGCGAUCCGGCGGGCAUGCCGCAUCCGGACAAGGAGGCUUACCCGGAUGGCAACCUUUACGACGCCACGCAUGGAGCGCGAGUGCUGAAAAUGGCCCAGGGACUGGACAGCAUGGAGAUAUUGCCGUUCCGGGUUGCUGCCUACGACAAGAGCACCAGUAAGAUGGCCUUCUUUGAACCUAAGCGUAAGGAUGAAUUCGAGUUUAUCUCGGGGACCAAGAUGCGCACCCUGGCCAAGACCGGAGCCAGUCCGCCGGACGGCUUCAUGGAGCCGGAGGCGUGGCAAAUCCUGGCCACCUACUACCAGAACCUGCCGCAGGCGUAACACACUGCCAGGACCCGACCUUCAACGUGCAAUUCCUCCUAGUUAUAGCUUCUGUGCUUAUUAUAAAUAAUCCCACUUUAUGGCCACUAAUCACCUACCACCAUUUGUCCAUCGUUUUUAACCCAAAUCCGGACCUCUUCCUGCGUGUGUAUGUUGCGGUCCUCCUAAUUAAAUGUUCGUAUCGUACAAUCUACUUGUAUCUACACAAUCUAUUUGUAUCUACACAUAAGUCACCCUCUCUGUUUAUCUUAAGCUCAAUGCCGUGCAGCUAUUUUGUAAACUGUUUUUAAAUACAUAUUUAAAUAAUUA